AUGAACGAUAUCUUCCGUCCUUAUCUGAAAGAUUUCGUGGUUGUUUACCUGGAUGAUAUCCUUGUUUACAGCAAAACGGAAGAGGAGCACGAGGGACAUCUGAGACUGGUGAUGGACGUCCUUCGACGUCAACGUUUCUUCGUCUGCACGGCGAAGUCGUCCUUCAGUCAGCGCGAGUGCAAGUUCCUUGGGCACAUCGUUGGGGCUGACGGGAUCAAGGUGAACCCGGCAAAAGUCGCCGCUGUCCAGGACUGGCCUACACCGUCAGACGCUCAUCAGGAACUGCACGACGCGCCGUUCUCUGGACAUUUUGGUUUUGAGAAGACCCUGCACGCGGUUGAGCGCCACUUCUAG